GGCUUCGGGGCAUGCUCCUCUCAUGAUCAGCUUCUCCUGACACAUCGUCCUCAGUGCCCAGCCGGACUGCUCCAUGAGGGACCCUGGCUCGGGCAUUGCUGUCAGCCAAGCCUGCACGCGUGCACAGAGAGUUCUGGCAAAUACGAGGAAAGAUGGGGAACACCAGGAGCCGCGGGGGGCAGACCUCGAGGUCCCAGUUUCUCCCUGAGGAACAGACUGAGAUCGAUGGGUUGUUCGAUGCUCUGUCGUCGGAUGGGAGCAGCCCACGGGUGCCCAGAUCCUUCUCCCUGAGGGCUCUGAAGGAGGCCCCAGGCCCUGCCCCCAGGGUGAAGGAACUGGCCACCCAGCUGCUCUCCGAGCUGAAGCUUCAAGGUGCUGAGAGGCUGCUGGGGCCUCAGUGGCUGGCCUGCGACUGUGACCAAGGCGUGAUCGAGGACUGGGUGUUCAGGGCCCCCUACGUGGCCAUGUUUCUGAGCCUGGUCAUCCACCAGGGCUUUCUCGUCCUGCGCUCGUCCCUCGACCUGGCUGCCCUGCUCCCCGAGCGCCAGGCAGACCCAGAGAGGGAGUUCGAGAGCACCCUGGACGUCCUGUCCGUCAUCCACAUCCACUCACACCUGCCGCGGGAGCAGCGCGGCCGCUGGAGCCUGCUCUUCUCGUCUGAGCUGCACGGACACAGUUUCUCCCAGCUCUGCGGGCAUAUCGCCCAGCAGGGGCCCUGCGUGACUGUCCUCGAGGACCACGAUGGCCACGUGUUCGGGGGGUUCGCCUCCUGCUCCUGGGAGGUCAAGCCUCAGUUCCAAGGGGACAACAGAUGCUUCCUGUUCUCCAUCGCCCCCAGGAUGGCCGUGUACACGCACACGGGCUACAACGACCACUACAUGUACCUGAACCACGGCCAGCAGACGAUCCCCAAUGGCCUGGGCAUGGGCGGGCAGCACGAUUACUUCGGGCUUUGGGUAGAUGCCGACUUUGGGAAAGGACACAGCAGAGCCAAGCCCACGUGUACCACGUACAACAGCCCGCAGCUGUCCGCCAGGGAGCACUUCAACUUCCACAAGAUGGAGGUGUGGGCCGUGGGCACGGCCAAGGGGGUGCAGCUGGGCGAGAGCAAGAGGAGCAUCCUCGACACGGACCCCGAGGCCCGGGCCAUGCUCGAGAUCAGUGGGCGGCCGUGCCUCAGCAGCGGGUUCCGGGACACCUCCGAGGACUAGUGGGGAGCAGCCCGGGCAGCGGCCUUCCUGGAGCCAGUGCCUGGAGCUUCCUGGAGAGUGGUGCAGGCUAGACGUGCCAGAUCUCUGGUCCCCCACACUGGUCCACGUGACAUAGCGCUGCAUGCCCAUGUGCAGGGUGACCUGCAGGCGCUCGGCCGGAACUCAGCGGUGCCAAGAAAGCCCCCGUUGCCAGAAAGCCUGUGUCAGGUCAGCAGCUUCCCUUCCUCCUCGCUCACUGUGUGCUGGGAGAACCCUGAGGUGCUGAGACCUCUGCCAGUUGCCCAUGCUGGCAGGGUGAGCUUCUGCCACGGAAGAGGGGCUCCCACCUGCGGGGUCCCCGGGCUCCUGCCCAGGCCAGCCCAGCUGUCAGCAGGCCUCAGUGGCCCAGCUCAGUUGGUAGAGGACACAGGCGUCUGUUUGAACCUCCAUGCCUUUCAACAACAGCUUCUGAGGGCGCGGGGUUUCCGUGUCUCCGUGUGUAUUGGCACAAGCCUCGACCGUCGGGGAAUGGUGCAAGACUGGAAGCUGACGUGGCUCACGGCGGUGUGGGCCCUCAGCAGGGCCUGUACGUGAGGCGCCCUCAGCUGUCUGAGUCUGGGCUGUGAGCAGACGGGAGGGUCAGGCGGUCUGUCUUCGGACAAGCAAAGCCGUUCGUUCCUAACAUCACUGGGGUCCCUCCCAGUCUGGGCGCGGCUGGCACUGGCCUGGGCUCUGGACCUCGGGCACCAACGGCUGGGUCACAGCCAUCAGCAUCACCCUGCCCAGGUCUGCUCCCCAAGGGAAGGGUGGAACUGAGUGCAGACUGCCCUGAACAGACCGCAGUGCUCCCGACGGGCUGAAGGUUACCUCAGUGGGUUAGCGUCGGGGCGGAGCUGCUGUCUGCCAGACGUGCUGCCCACACAGGCAGGACUGUAUGCCCACGGGGCCCAGCCGUCCCCUCCGGGAACCCCCGACCUGGAGGCGCUCUGAGCUGGGCUGGGAGACGGCACCUCUUCCCGUCGUCUCUUGCUGUUAAUCUUCGACCUUUUGCAGAUCUGAUGAAAACGCAGCCUCUUACCACAUCGAUCGCCUUGACGAUAAGCCAUAGUGACUGAGCCGUUUGCAUUGCAGGGGCUGCUUUUUCUCAGGAGGGCCGGCACCCCUCCACUUAGCUAUAGCCCUGACUAAGGCAGAAGUCUCACACACGGGUCUGCAGGGAGCACGGCCCGGCGCAGGGCGGGGCACAGACGGGGCUCAGGCCAUCCAUUUGCCUUAGAGAAAAGCAGGCAGGGACCAGCAGUUGGCAUAAUGGCUAUGUCGCUGGACUCUCAUGUAGUCAACCGCAGUUCGAGUCUUGGAGCUGUGGCUUAAACUUA